AUGGGUAACUAUAUGAUAAAGCAAAGUUAUCUCUAGAAACUUUAGAAGAGAUGUGCUAAGAUAGUCAUAGCUAAUAUGGUGAACUUUAGACAUUGUCUAAAGACUACCAUCAGGAUUUGGAGUCUAGCAGUAUCUGGAGAGUACCACAUUGACUAUUCUUAUGUUAAGAGAAAACAAAAACUCAUGGUACUAAUGGAGUGUUAGACCUGUGGGUAGAGUUUCUUUCCAUCCAUAAAAACCCCUCUUUGUCUGAAGUCUAUCUUAGGGUGAUCGGGUGAAAAAGCAGGCUAGCAAAUUCAAGGUUGUGCAGUUAAAGUAACCUUGGUGCUCAAGUGCAACAAACCCACUUCCAGGAGAUAAAUAAAUGUUGAAAGGAAGGGGGUGGGGAAAUUAACUGGAAAGUUUGGUAUAAUGACUGCUUGGCAGUUGUAUAACCUCCCUGUAAACAAUUUGGAAUGAAUGUUCAGUGCCAGGUAAUUUGGAUCCACCUUAGUGGUUGUGUACUACUAACUUUAGAAGGGGUGAUUCCAGCAGGUGUGGCUUUGCAUGACAAGUCACACCUCCUGAAAAUCCCUCAUUGAUAUACCGGUAGCUACUCUAAGCUCCUCUUUUUCACCUGACCACUCCUAGUCUCUAUGGGAAUUGCAGAUGAAGUAAUUUUGAUUAAGAUUUGCUGGGAUUCCAGCUGUGUUUACAAGAGAAGAAUAAGCUAUCUUGCAAAGCAGGUCGGAAACCUCAUCCAAAUGAAAGAGAGGCAUGUAGUAAGAGCAAACAAGUCAGGGCCAAGUCAUACUAAAGCCAAAAAUGCCUACAGCAGAACCGGUCCACCCAUGAGGUAAGAUGAGACAACUGCCUCUGGUGGCAGGAUACACUGGGGCAGCAGAUCACCAUCAGGUGCCGCAGUGGCAGGGAUGGAUGCGACAUGCUCCUUGGCGGCCAGAUCUGUUGCCGUCUCAGCAGGCACCACCACCCAUGCCACUGCUACAGCGACCUCUUGGCAAAUAGGUGCCACUGGUGGUCUCCCAGCCCCAGGGAAGGACUAGUGGGUCUGCCCUCUGGGGUUUCCUGGGCUCUGCAUCAACCUGGCAUGAUUCAGAGCAGCCCCAUUCUCCCCACAAAACCUGCCAUGGCAGACUUUGACUUCCAUUUCAACCAUAGGGUAAGGUUGAUUUGAUUCUCUUCCCCUUUGUUCCUGGUGUAGAUCUUCACUCACCCCUUUCACUCACCCCUUUUUCCCUGGCAGGCAGAACAUUUUGUCGUUCACCUCAAAUGCCAAAAUGUCUUGGGCCAGCCCUGGUCCACAGUCCCUUGUUCUUAUUUUGGGGGCAGGUGUAAACACUCUGAUCAACCUUGCUUUUGCUGUUGGGUUCUCGCUAUUUGAAUGGUUUUAAUGCAUAGCUUUAAGCUGACAGUAAUUCACAGAACAAGCCAUCGGCCAGAACCUCUUGCAAUUCUUCCUUCUGCUAUUCAUGAGCAAAUCUGUCAAUUUCAGUUUCUCUGUUUCUAAUUUUUCCUUUCUUAAAUUUAGUUAUACACAUAUCUACAUUUCCAGUUUGUGCAUAUGUAAUUUGAAGGACCUUGUGAAAUUUCACCAACAUUUUCGUGUUAAUUCUACUAAUAUACAUGUAUUAUUAUGCCUAAUAUACACACUUUGAAAAGCACUUUCCCCUAAUAGAAAUCAUUUUUGCAUGCUAUUUUCAUUAAUAUAAGCAUUUUAUGCACACUUUGCUUCAGUACUGUAUAUGCAUUUCUGUAGACAUUACUUGGCUGGAGAACUGCAUUGCAAAUUUCACAAAAGUGAAUUUUUAAGGAUGGCUGUGUUUGGUUUGCGUAUUGUUUCGGAAAGUGUGAAUUAAAUAGGUUCACCAUUAAAUUAGAACUGAAUUUCUCUACAUAUGAUGAUACACUAUUUUUUUAAAAAACUAGAGGGUUCUAAGCAGUAAUAUAAAGAUAAUAUUUUUGGGGCUGGUAAAAAAAAUGCCAAUCAUUUGUUCCUCAUUAAGUGUGCAUCUACUUAGAAUUGCUAUUGUUGUUAAUGACUUUCUAAACUUGCAUGAUCAUUGAAGGUGGAGGGGGCAAUGUAGUCACUUUACUGAUAUUUGCCACGAAACAAAGUUUACCUUAUCCAAAUGCUACCUGGAUUCACCUGCUUCUGUAUAGACACAGGCUGAGUUUUCUCCCCCUACAUCAUUUUGCAUCCUGCGUGGUGCUUUGUUUUGCAGUAAAAGAGCGAGCUUUCUUCUUUAUUUCCCUAUGCUAAGGAUGUAAAGAACUUCCACAUAGUUAUGUAUUUAUUUCUGACAAGCAAGUUAAAGCCACCAUAAUAAAUACCUGGAGAAACUACACUAGAGCCUUGACAAUUUCAGAGGAAAGUCAAGCUGGUUAAUAAGUAAGAGGCAUUUUAACACAGGAUUCUCAUAAGGUUUUGAGCAGAUGUGCCUGUGGAUCUCAAAGAACAGCUGCAAGCUUGUGAAAGGUAUUGUAUUGAAUACAAAUGCAGAAGGACAGAAUCAUUUGUACUACCUUAGGGCUGUGUUUUUUGUGUCUUUUCAACCUUGACCAUUGAUUCAGGCUCCAUCUGAGUAAUAGUAAAUAAACAGCUUUGCUGAAAGGGUUGCAUAGAAGGUUUUCCAGCCUAAGAGGGGAGAGGAAGGCUGAAGUUCAGACUGUGCAUGAGGGCAGCACAUAAGUAAUUGACUCUAUCAGUAUAUACAGUGUUUAAUGUUUGUCUUGCAUUUUGCGGGAGUCUUACAAAGAGCCUUUCUGGUACAGUCAGCCCAGGGCAUGUAUAUGUAAAAUCAGUGCUAUUUUUCUAGAAGAAGUGCUGGAACUCACCAUGAACGCCUCCCUUGUUCUCUUAUAAUGGCAAUGGCGCCCACCUGAGAGGUGCUGGGACUGAGUUCUGGUGAGUUCCAGAUGAAAAAAAGCCCUGCGUAAAAUAUAAAAAUGUGGCUGUGGGUGUUGACAAGCCCAUGAAUAGGAACUUGACCAGGGCUUAAUUCUUGGCAUAGCUGUUGUGCACUUGAAGACUUAAUAAAAAACACCACACAUGGUUAGAACAUCAGACUGGGGCCUGAAGGACCAAGGUUGAAAUCAGUUAUGAAGCUCACUGGCGUUGCCUUAGGCUGGUCCCUGUCUCUCAGCCUAAUCCACCUCACAGGGUUGUUGUGAGGAUAAAAUGGAGUGGGGAGAAACACCGCUAUGAGCUCUUUGGAGGAAAAAGUGGGAUAUAAAUUGAAUAAAUAAAUAUUGACUUGCUUUGUAUUUGGGAGUAACCUGCUUCGUUGCCUGGGAUGGGGUGGGUGGCUUGAUAAUUUGACUGCGAAAUCAAACCAGGGAGUGUCCAGCCGUUUCCACUGUGCCAUUUUCUUGAUGAAAUGCCAACUUGUAGGGGCAACCAUACCAUUAGUCAAAAUGAGGCAGAUGCCUCAGGUGGCAAAUGCUGGAAGCUGUCGCAAGGUGUUGGGGGGCAGAGAGCUAUGUGCCCCUAAGCCUGCUGCCCUCAAAUGUAUUGCAAGUGAAAGCAACAGCCCUUCUGCAAAAUGGCUCAUUGUGCAUUUUUCAGUAAGAGUCUCUCCCAUCUCAUGCUUCCUUGUAUUUUAGCUGGGAAAACGACAGAUUGUUGGAGGAAAAUGCAAAGCAGUGAAUGGAUUUUCCCCACCUUGAUCCUUUGCAUAUAUGGCUUCUUCUCCUUGAUGAGACCAUCUGAGGCUUUCUUGACUCCUUAUCUUGCUGGGCCUGAUAAAAACCUGACUAUUGAUGAGGUACAGUGAUGCACAUUUUAUUCACGCUAAGGUAUUCAGUCAUAUGUCGGGAGUUAAUUACAAAUGGGGAAGGAAUUCGUUUAACCUUAUAAACAAAAGGUAACUUAUAAUUUUCUACAGAGAAACCGUUACCUUCAUCCCACUUUUUAUAAAUGUAAGUUUAGAUACGUGUACUUCGUUAAGUUUUAUAUUUCAGGGUCUGUGGAACUUCUUGCCACAAUAAUUCAGAGUUCCUCCCUGUUUGCCAUCUCUUACACCUCCUGAAGAGACUGAAACCUGAUGGACAUACUACCUCCCACAAUACAUUUCUUUUUUACUUCUGAACAUAAUUUCAAGGCUUUCAUCCUGAUUUUUGUUUAUUUUUAUUUUGUUUUGGUAACAAAGCAACCUGGUCGCACACGCAGGCCCACAGUAAACUCCCAGCAAGCAAGUUUUGUCCCACUCCUUUCCAGGACAUUACUUUCUGUGGCUGGCAUUAUUAAAGCUCCAAGAGAGCAAGGUGUAUUAUCCUUGCAAGUAAAAGAAUGACUGAAAAUGCCCUGUGUGGAAAAAAGAAAUGACAGCAAUGAAGCAUCAGGCAUCAUGUGUGAAAAGAUCAGCUAUCAAUCUAGCUCUGGAAUGCCAGUUUGGAAUUAAGCAAAGCAAGUUUCUGCCCAUGUGUUGUGCCUAAAGAAAGGCCAGGCUGUGAAUGAGAUGGUGAGCUAGCCACUAACUGCUAGCAAAACUUGAAUGGGAGAGAAUAGGGGACUGAAGAGACAGAGGAGCUGUUAGAGGAGAAAACAGGCCUUGGCUACCAAAAUUCGCCUAGGGUCUCUACCGUAAAAUUAUAUUGUAGUUUCAAUAAUUGCUUCUAUAUUUUUCAUGCCUUAUAUUUGUUAGCCUUUCAAUGUUACAAAAUUCUUCCUUUUCCCUUCCAGGUGACGCAGCACGUUUUCCCUGUUUGGACGUACUCCUACUUGGCUCUACUAAUCCCAGUAUUCCUGAUCACAGACUAUGUACGCUAUAAGCCUGUCAUUAUUCUCCAGGGAGUUAGUUUCCUGAUCACCUGGCUGCUGCUUUUAUUUGCAUAUGGUGUGCCUGCCAUGCAGCUGGUGGAAUUUUUCUAUGGCAUGGUGACUGCCACAGAGGUUGCCUAUUAUGCCUACAUAUACAGUGUUGUCAGUCCUGACCAUUACCAAAAAGUCACUGGAUAUUGCAGAAGCAUCACUCUCGUGGCAUCCACCAUAGGUUCCUUGCUGGGCCAGCUUCUAGUCUCUCUGGCCCAUGUCUCUUAUUUUUACCUCAAUGCCAUAACCAUGGCCUCUGUCUCUGUGGCCUUUAUGUCUUCAUUUUUUCUACCCAUGCCUCAAAAAAGUAUGUUCUUUCAUAGAACGUCUUCCCCAGAAGCAUCCAUCGGACCAACAGAUAA